AUGAAUCCAUUUAGUUCAACAAUAAAUACAUUAUGCGAAGUUGCUAUUCGAUUUAUUCAAACAAUGUGUCCUGAUCAAAACAUAAAAUUAUUACACAAUCGUAUAUUAUUAUUUCGUUAUGAUCCAUCAUCAUAUCAAAUGAUUAUAUCAUUAAGUCCCAAAGAUAUUUUGAUACCAGACACUACCCAGUGUAGUGGUGUUAUCUCAUUUAAUCGCCUGUUAAAUGAAUUUACAUUAAUCCUCACUGCAAAUGGCCAACGAUCAACAAAAAUAUUUGUUCCUCGAUCAAUCCAAAGAAUCAGGGAUACAGAAAUGGUUGCUUUCGUAAAGAGAGUUGACCUUGAAAUACCAGAAAAUCGAAUACUCGAAGUAUUAACGAAAGCUGGUCUUGGUGUUAUUAAUGUUACUCGAUUAAACAAAAAAGAUGGCAAUAUACCAGCAAGCACCAUUACAAAUACAUUCAAGGAUGCACAUAAUCGAAACACAUUUAUACACACUGGUCUACAAGUGAAUUCGAUGCACUUUAAUGCUGACGCUGCAUCACAGAAUAAAACCCGAUGCGGUGAUAACCACCGUAUAGAACAAUGUACUGCUCCAAAUGAUGCAAUUAAAUGUAGCGACUGUAAAGGUAAACAUUUGGCCACUGCUAAUGAUUGUCCUAAAUUUUUUGAACAAGAAAAGCGAAUGUUAAAUCUAAUUAACCAAUAUUCGUCCACAAGCAGCCCAACAGUUCUAAUACCAUUAAUACAUGAUACCAAUGAAUUUUCAUCAUUACCAAACAUGUAUCAACGUCAACAAGGUCAUCUUCAUAAUGAUAUAUUCGAUGGAUUAAUUAAUCUACUUACCACUAAAAUGAAAAACAAAUAUUGA